AUGGAGCCAAUUGUCUACCCGAUUUUUGAGGCCAAGAGCUGUUCAUGGCAGUAUGUUGUGGCCUGCCCCAAUACAAAAGAAGCCGCUAUCAUCGACCCGGUUUUGAACUUCGAACCCUCCCUGUUUCGUAUCACGACAGAAUCUGCGGAUGAAAUGAUCGAUCGCGUUAUGAAAGAGGGAUACACCGUCAAGAUGAUACUAGAAACCCAUGCCCACGGUGACCAUCUUUCCGCCGCCUACUACAUACAGCAGGCACUCUGGACGCGAGGGCAGCCGCAUGCUUCAAUCUGCAUCAGUGAGAAUAUCUUAGUCGUGCAAAGCUACUUUUCACACAAGUACAGAAUCCCAAAGGAAGAAAUCGAGAGCGCUUUCAACCAUCUCUUCCAGCCCGAUGAAGUAUUCCACAUUGGCGACAUCGCUUGCACCGCACUGCACUUGCCAGGACAUACACCCGAUCAUGGGGGGUAUUAUAUGGGAAGCAAUAUCUUUACAGGAGAUUCCAUGUUCAACCCGGAUAUUGGCAGUGGAAGAUGUGACUUCCCCGGCGGUGACGCUCGGCAACUAUACCGGUCGAUGAAACGCCUUCUGUCCUUCCCACCGGAAACGAAGCUGUACACGGGCCAUGACUAUCCACCUUGCAAUGAGUCAACAGCCCGUGAACCGGUUCCGUAUGUCACGGUCAGCGAGCAGCAAGAUAAGAACAAGCAUAUCAAACACGAUUCGUCGGAGGAAGAUUUCGUUCAGUGGAGAAACGAUCGAGAUCAGGUAAUCCCGGAGCCUAAGAUUGUUCAUCAAGCCAUGCAGGUCAAUGUGCGUGGAGGCAAAAUGCCAACCAAGACCCACGAUGGCAAGGCGUAUAUGCUUUACUUGAUCGAGGUCCCAAGUGUUCUUUUGGCGGGAUAG